CCCGUUUCGCCGGAAGUGUGGCGAGCAUAUUGCGGAAGCCGGGGGCGGAGCAAGUUCUCUUUCGUUCUGGCGGCUGAAGGAAGAUGACGAAAGGAACAUCGUCCUUUGGCAAGCGCCGCAAUAAGACGCACACUUUGUGCCGUCGCUGUGGGUCCAAGGCCUACCAUCUCCAGAAGUCCACCUGUGGAAAAUGUGGAUAUCCUGCUAAACGCAAGAGAAAGUAUAACUGGAGUGCUAAAGCCAAGAGACGCAAUACUACCGGGACUGGCCGUAUGAGGCAUCUGAAAAAAGUCUACCGUAGAUUCAGGAAUGGAUUCCGUGAAGGAACAGCUCCAAAGCCCAAGAGAGCAGCCGUUGCAGCUUCCAGUUCAUCUUAAGGACUCAAAUGCCUGUUUAAAAUAAAUGAUCUGAACCAUGGAGAAA